UAUGAUUUUUGUAAACUGGAAAGAACUUAUUAUGUGCAAUAUUAAACUACUGAAAGCACUGCGAGUUCGUAAAAAGAUGUCAGGUGAAAGAAUGCCAGUUAAAAUGAUAGGUGAUAUCCUGACUGCACAGCUUCCUCACAUGCAGCCCUACAUUCGAUUCUGCAGCUGCCAGCUUAAUGGGGCAGCACUCAUACAGCAGAAAACAGAUGAAGUGCCCGACUUCAAGGACUUCGUUAAAAAAUUAGCAAUGGAUCCUCGCUGCAAAGGAAUGCCAUUGUCAAGCUUUUUGCUAAAGCCUAUGCAGCGAGUUACACGAUAUCCCCUAAUAAUAAAAAAUAUAUUGGAAAAUACUCCUGAAAAUCAUCCUGAUCAUAGCCACUUGAAACAUGCUUUAGAGAAAGCAGAAGAAUUGUGUUCACAGGUGAAUGAAGGUGUACGUGAGAAAGAAAAUUCAGACAGAUUAGAAUGGAUCCAGGCUCAUGUUCAAUGUGAAGGAUUAUCAGAGCAACUUGUUUUUAAUUCUGUUACAAACUGCUUGGGGCCACGCAAAUUUCUGCACAGUGGAAAACUCUACAAGGCCAAGAGCAACAAGGAAUUGUAUGGUUUUCUGUUCAACGACUUCCUCCUGCUGACACAGAUCAUAAAACCUCUUGGUUCAUCUGGCACAGACAAGGUUUUCAGCCCUAAAUCUAAUCUGCAGUAUAAAAUGUACAAAACCCCUAUAUUUCUAAAUGAGGUUUUGGUAAAACUGCCUACGGAUCCUUCUGGGGAUGAGCCCAUCUUCCACAUCUCACAUAUUGAUCGAGUCUACACACUUCGUGCAGAAAGUAUAAAUGAAAGGACAGCUUGGGUUCAGAAAAUCAAAGCUGCUUCUGAACUUUACAUAGAAACAGAGAAGAAGAAGAGGGAAAAGGCAUACUUAGUCCGAUCCCAAAGGGCAACAGGUAUUGGAAGGUUAAUGGUGAACAUUGUUGAAGGUAUUGAAUUGAAGCCCUGCAGAUCUCAUGGAAAGAGUAACCCGUAUUGUGAAGUGACGAUGGGGUCACAGUGUCAUAUCACCAAGACUAUACAGGACACUCUCAAUCCCAAAUGGAACUCUAACUGUCAGUUUUUUAUCAAAGAUUUGGAACAAGAUGUGCUGUGCAUAACAGUGUUUGAGAGAGAUCAAUUCUCUCCUGAUGAUUUCUUGGGUCGAACAGAAAUUCGUGUGGCUGAUAUUAAGAAAGAUCAAGGCUCAAAGGGACCAGUCACAAAGUGUCUUCUCCUGCAUGAAGUCCCAACAGGAGAGAUAGUUGUCCGACUUGAUCUGCAGCUGUUUGAUGAGCCUUAGAAAGGAAAAUGUGAGAGGUUUCUAGGAAAUAGCUCAGUCCAUUUAUAAGAGAUAAAUAACUUUCCCUGCAGAUGUUAUGGACACUUAUUAUAUUAGCCAGAUUAAUUUAUGACAAUACUGAAUUCCAAAUUGUGAGGAAAAUGUUACUUUUCAUUUUAUUUUUUGUUCUGGUGUUUUCUGUGGAAUUUCUGCUGCAGUAUUCAGGGUUUCUAGAAUAACAGACCUUAGUCUGUGCUCUGACAAGGUGGAGAAAACAUUGCACUUUUUUCCUGGUUCCUGCAGCAUGCUGUGUCAAGAGGGUGUCCUCGUAUGACUUUUUGGACUUUCUAAUGAUUUAUCCUAGUGUUGUGCCUAUUGCCCCUCAGAGUAGUAUAUAAACAAAUUGUGAAUAUAUUU